AUGGCCCAAGCAGCCUCUGGAAUAAGAGUACCAGCCGGAAUAGAAGAUCAGUUGAUAAAGAUAACACGAAGAUCUUUGCCAUCGGCCGAAUUGAGAAAUACUAUGUUGUUUGAUACUUGGACAAUUGAUGUAGAAGAUUUGGUCGACGAUGACUGGAGGAUACCAUUUAUAAUGUUUCUUCGAAAUCCAAACAUCAAGGCUGAUAGAAGUAUUAAAAGAAAAGUGAUCAACUUUGUGCUUCUAGAUGGGGAUCUAUACAGAAAAGGGUUAGAAGAUGGGCUCCUACUACAAUGCAUAAGUAAGGAGGAAUCACUUCAGGUUAUGGCCGAGGUACAUGAGGGCAGCUGUGGGGCUCACCAAGCUGGGAUUAAAAUGAGAUGGCUGAUUCGCAGAGGUUGGGGCCUUGACCUUAUUGGUAAAAUUAAUCCACCAUCAAGCGAAGGCCAUCACUGGGUGAUUGUUGCCACAGAUUAUUUUACUAAAUGGGUUGAGGCCAAGGCUUGCAAAGCGGUUGAUCAGCAAACAGUGAUUAAUUUCAUGGAACAAAACAUCAUCCACAGAUUCGGGAUUCCAAAAACACUUGUUUCAGACAAUGCAACAGUAUUUAGGGCAACUGAUGUACUACAAUUCGGCCACAACAUGAAUAUUCAUAUGUCAGCCUUUACGCCAUACUAUGCUCAAGCAAAUGGCCAGGCCGAAUCUUCAAACAAAAUUUUAAUAGAGAUCAUUGAAAAAAUGAUCAAAGAUAAGCCAAGAAGGUGGCAUGAGACUUUGUCUGAAGCUUUAUGGGCCUAUAGGAACUCAAAAAGAACAGGCACAGGAGUUACACCAUACAUGUUAACUUAUGGUCAUGAUAUGGAAAUGAAGGUUAAAUCAGCCAGAGUUGCUUUUCAAAAUAAUCUAACUCCAGCUGAUUAUACUCAAGCAAUGUUGGUAGAAUUGGAAGAUUUGGAUGAAGUUAGAAGGGAUGCUUUGGAUCAUAUCAUAGCUCACAAGAAGAAGGAGAUGAGGAUCUACAACAAGAGGGUAAAACCUAAGUCUUUUGCUGAAGAAGAUUUGGUUUGGAGAGUUAUUUUGCCAGUGGGUAAAGUCGAUAGGAAAUAUGGGAAGUGGUCCCAAAAAUGGGGCGGGCCAUACUUAAUCCAUCAAGUCUUAAGUGGAGGAGCAUAUAGGCUGAAGUAUUUCAGUGGCCGAUUACAUGACUAUCCCAUUAAUGGCAAGUACCUCAAGAGGUACGUACCGGCAAUCUUUGAAAGGGAAAAUUAG